AUGCGGUCUCAGGUGUUCUCCCUCUCCGCGAACACAACCUUUCUGCGACAAGCUCUUCCUGUUCUCGUCAAACCCUACAACGCCCUUCUCUCUACCACCGCUCUCCGCCGUCCCUUCCUCCUCUUCUCUGCCUCUGAUUCACAAACCCUCCCACGCAGUACUCCACUUCUUGCACCCCUCAACUUAUUCCCCACCAAUUCUCUCCGCAACUUCACUUCACGCGCCACCCAUGUCAACGAUGCUGGCUCCGUCGAUUUGCCUCUCAUUCAGUCCAUGCACAACAAGAUAAAGGAACAACUCAAUGCAGAAUCUGUCGUCGUUAAGGAUGCUUAUGGUGAUGGUCGGCAUGUUAGCAUUGAUGUGGUAUCUACUGCCUUUGAGGGACAAUCAGCCGUUAAUAGGCAAAGGAUGGUUUAUAAAGCUAUAUGGGAGGAGCUUCAGAGUGUUGUCCAUGCAGUUGAUCAGAUGACUACUAGCACUCCUGCUGAAGCAGCAGCACGAAGUGAUAAAGGAUCAUGA